UAAAUUGAAUUUCUCGUUACUCUUCUAGUCAUAUUGAUAUUUCUGUCUAUAUGGAUUUAGACCUUUUUUGAAGCAGAAAUCAAAAUCUAGAAACACAAAAGCUUGUUUAGUUAAUGUAAGAAGACAACACAAACCAAAAAUGGUCUUUAGCUCUUCAAUCAGUUGUCUCCUCAUAUACAUUUUUAUUGUUGUUUCAUUUGUUUCUCCUAUUAAUUCUUUAGAAACACGAAAUCAACAAUCAAUCAAUCAAACUUUUCGAUCAGAGCAAGAACUUCAAAAAUUGAAAAAGACAAUAGCUACACGUCUUCGACAAAUCAACAAGCCUGCGGUUAAGACAAUUCAGGUUCCAAAUGGUGAUAUCAUAGAUUGUGUUUUGAUUCAUAAACAAUUAGCUUUUGAUCAUCCUUUAUUGAAAGGACAGAAACCAAUGGAUCCUCCAAAAAGUCUAAAAGAGCAUAAUCAAAUCGACAAUACGAGUGACUUUAAAUUAUGGGGCUUAUAUGGUGAAUCAUGUCCCGAAGGAACAGUUCCAGUUAGAAGAGUAACAGAACAAGACAUGUUAAGAGCUUACUCUAUUGAUAGCUUUGGAACAAAGGCUGCUAAUCGCUUUCCUCAUGAACAUGCAGUUGCUUUAGUGGACAAGGAUGAGUUCUUUGGAGCAAAAGCUACCUUCAACAUUUGGAGCCCCCAUCUGGAUAGUCAAAAUGAAUUCAGCUUGUCUCAAAUGUGGCUCGUCUCUGGUUCAUAUGGAAAAGAUCUCAAUUCCAUUGAAGCUGGUUGGCAUAUCUACCCGCGACUCUACGGAGACGAUCGUCCUAGAUUUUUUAUUUAUUGGACGGCUGAUGCAUAUAAAAGCACCGGGUGCCACAAUUUAUGGUGUCCAGGCUUUGUUCACACUAACCAAGAUUUUCCAAUUGGUGCUGAACUCCCAAAACUUUCUUCGUAUAAAGGACAACAAUUUUCUAUUACUCUAAAGAUAUCGAAGGAUAAAAACACUGGAAAUUGGUUGCUUGGAUAUGGAGAUGGAGAUGGAACUACAAUUGGGUACUGGCCAGCCCCCUUGUUCACACACUUGAAGUAUCAUGCAGAUGAAGUUCAUUUUGGUGGAGAAAUAGUGAAUGCAAAAUCAAGAGGUUCUCAUACUUCCACGGCUAUGGGGAGUGGUCACUUUGCUGAAGAGGGUUGGGGAAAAGCUGCAUAUAUUAGAAAUAUGCAAGUUAUAGAUUCUGAUGACAACUUGAUUCCGUUAGCAAAUCCCACAUAUUUAGCAUCAAAUCCAAAUUGUUAUAAUAUACAAGGAAAGACUAGCCCAAAGUGGGGGGAUCACAUUUACUUUGGUGGACCUGGCAAGAGUGAGAAAUGUCCCUAAACAAAUACUGAAUAUGAUAGAAUAAGAGCUAUAAAUGUCAAAUAAAUUAUAAUAACACUAAAAAAUAAAAUAAAAUACACUACCUUUAUUGAUAA